AUGAUUAAGCGCGGGCGUGUAUCAGCCCUUUUGCGGCGGGUGCAAAUCUUUCAAAAUCACACUUCUAGCCGUGGGAUUAUUCCUGGUCCGAUCGAGGAAGAAUUGUUGCCUGGCAAUCGGCUGCACCUUUUCCACCAGACACAGCCAGGCCAAGUUCUAGAUGGACGGUUUAAGAUUAUUGUGAAGCUUGGCUACGGCGCGAGCUCUACUGUUUGGCUGGCAGAAAACCUACAAUUUACGAAGAGCCUGGAUAUUCCUCGCUAUGUCAGUAUCAAAAUUGCCGCCCUGGAUAUUGAUAAAGUCUGGGAGACGAGAAUUUCCAAAAUGAUAGCCAUGGCCGAUCCAUCACAUGACGGUCUAUCAUUUCUUCGCAUACCCAUAGACGAGUUUCGUCUCGAGACCCCGAGUGGAGUGCACGGAUGUCUAGUUUACACGCCUAUGCGAACAACACUUUUCCAACUACAGCGUACAUUAAAGCGACAAAGAUUAGCGCCACCUUUAUUCAAGUUCUUUCUAUACUGUCUUCUUGAGGCAGUAGACUAUUUACAUACCAAGGUAUUGCCGGAAACAGACAUCAAAGAUGACAAUAUUAUGGUGACUAUAGAGAGCGACACGGUUCUACCUAGCUUUAUCAAGUCUCUAAUCAACAGCGGGCCACUUCCACAUAGCCAAAACGACCAAGGCCGUUCUACUUAUCUCUCUUAUGGCGACUUUGGUCCUCUAAAGGGACAUAAAUUAUUACCGCAACUAGCAGAUUUCAACCUCGCAUGUCCUGGCUUAAUAAAUGGUCAUGGCCAUUUAUUGCCUAUCCAGUCUCAUCGAUUCCGUGCGCCAGAAGUCCUUUUAGGUUGUCCGUGGUCUUAUAGCGCUGACAUUUGGAAUAUUGGACUACUUAUGUGGAACCUGCUAGAAGAUGUGAGCUUGUUUGGCCGUCCUGCCGGCAAUGAUGGCGAGUACGAUGCCCACGUCCAUCUCGCUCAGAUGGUUUCUCUCAUGGGAGACCCUCCUGAGGAGCUCAUCGCUAGGGAGCAAUUGUUCCGUACCCAUCGGCUCGAGAAGCCCAUUGAAAAUCAGCGUGGCCAGGAGUGCAAUACUAUGAACGAGUACUGGGGUGGCCCAUUCUUUAACUCUGAGGGUCGAAUUUUCCGCGAGGACCUUAUUAAUCGGAACAAUGCGCUUGCCGAUACCGUGACAGAGCUGAUGGGUGACGAAAAGAUCCAAUUCCUUGAUCUUGCAUCGAGCAUGCUACAGUGGAUGCCCGAGAAGAGGAAGACAGGGGGCGAGCUGUUGCAACAUCCGUUUUUCGCACAAAUACGCGAGAGACGAGCCCGGUGGGAAGCGACUAUACCUAGCGCGGAACCACAUGACCUGGACCUGGCCUCCGGCAGGACUCCUGGUCAUAUGAUUGAUUCCCUUAACCCAGUCUUCUACCAAAAGCGAUCAAAGAAAACCUCUAUCAUCGCAUCAUAA